AUGGAACGAUAUCCACCACUAUCAACAUUUCAUUCAUCAAUAUCACCGAUUCGUAAACGAAUACUCGAAAUAAUGAAACGUCGUCCAAGUGAUCCAGAUGAUUCACAUAAUUACCACGUUAAACGUUUACAUACUGGUGAGUCAAGCGUUGCUUACACUGAACAACAACAACAACAACAACAACCAUUCACAGCUGCUCAAAUAACAACGAGAGUGCAAAAAACAAAAAGCGCUCAGCAGCAACCAUUGAAAACCAUUGAGGAGAAAAAACAAAUUAUUAAAAAAGUUCAAAUAUGGCUUGAUACAAUCGGAAAUUAUUCUCCAUUAACAAGUAAUUCAAAAAAUUAA